GACAUUCAGUAUCGCAUUUGUAAACAACGUAUACAAAUUUGAAUUGUUUUAAUCAGUAACGUUUUUGUGUUCAUUUAAUUUGUGCUGCAAUCAAGAAUGGCAGUACCAAGCGACGCUCCGAAUACCAUCCAUUUAAUCAGAGAUUUCUGGCCAGACUUACAGUUUCAUAAAGACGACAUUUUACGAGGCAAUCCUGAUUUCAUUAAACUCUUUUACGUGUAUCUCAUUAACGAUUUCAAUGAAAAAAUUGCGUUUUUGAUAAACGAGGACCUUGGCGGAGACGACUUUGAUAAUCUGAAUUACGACGAUGAAGUAAAAUUAUACUGCAAAGUAGCAAACGUGUUCAAAAGGAUGCAGCAACACUCACUCAGUCUAGUGGACUUUUAUGCCUCAGCAGGCAAAAAAAUGUACCACUUGGUGAAGUUUUCCAUACACUUUGUAAUUUACGUGAACAAUUGUGCAGACGAGGUGUCAGUUAUUAUAAAUGACCAUUUAAAAAGUCUCGCCGAUUUUGAAAACAACAAAAUGGAAGAACAACAGUUGCUGCAGACAUACGCUGAAAUCGUUGAGAGUUUGGCGCACACCAGUGACUUGUCAGAAUCCUUACUGCAGAAAUUAGACCAAGUAAAAGAAAACUAUCAGAAGGUGUUGGAACACAAAGCGAACGAUGAGAGAGUUUCUGCACAAAAUAUUCUCGAAAUGAAGGAACUACAGAGCGAAGUCGAUUAUCUAGAAUAUGAGUUGAAGUUGCUAGAAGAAAAGGAAAAUGAGCUACAGGAGGCCGUAAUUUCCGAAAACGAACUCGAACAUUUAAAAGAAACUGAAAAAUGUUUGGAAAUUGAAUUGCAGGAACUAAAUCGUGAUUUUUGUGCUACAUGGGAUAACGUGACGGAUUCAGAAAAUGUGAAACGCCACGAAGACUUUGCAAAAUGUUUAGCUAAUUUGGAUCUAGAAGCUUUGAAUGUUCAUAAUUUACAGGAAAUUAGACAGGAUGAUAACCAAAUGGCAAAUAUUGUGAAAACAAAUCAAGAUGAAUUAAAUUCGUUGAACAAUACUGCGUCUGACAAGAAGGCGAAACUAGACGUUUUGAAACAAACGCUAGAAAAAGCUCAAGCCUUUCUCACAGAGUUAAAAACUAAAGUCGCCGCUGACGAGCAAGAAGAAAAGGAAUGUAUUUUUCAAGAAACUCAAAAAUGUGCCGCCAAUUUCGAAGAAAACCAGAGAAUAGAAACUCUUAAAAUUCACCUCCAAGAGGAUAUAAGCAACCUAGAAAACGACGAACGGAGAUUGAAUACAGCAGUCGCCCAAGAAUAUCGGAGAAUAUUAAUGUUAGACAAGAAAACUACCACCAAAUUUCAUAAAAUGCUGCUAGAUUUAACAAACCGCCAUGUUUAAAGUUUUUUGUUUUGUACUUUUUUAUUAUUAGAACUGGAAUAAUUUUUGAAGUGAAAGGGUUGUCUAAAAUGUUGUAUAGUUUUAGAGUUGAUUCCGAAUUGUGGACAAAGGACGAUAAUGCGAGCUUGCUGCAGGAAAAGACAGCUCACGUUGCUUGAAGCGUGAGUGGUAUUCACCGGCUGCGUGCUCCCCUGGUGUAUUAUUUUGUUUCCUUGUCUCACAUACUCUUUACCAAUGUCAAGAAAUGUUGCGCUAGUAAAGUUCCAGCCAAGCUCGCGGUAAUACGAAAUAAUUUUGUUACGGUCGAAUAGUGCGGUUCUAUAGUGAAAGUUAAAUAUUGGUUUCGUAUUUUUAUAGUUAUGGUUAAUAUCAGAAUAUUCAAAGCCUUGUGUAAGUAUAGCAUUUUGCGUAGAUUUAUACUUGGUGAUUUAACGGAGAUUUUUUUUUCCGGAAAUAAUGAUUUCAUUCAUAUAACCUCACGGUAAUAGCAUGUCUUUUGUACAUAUAAUUAAUAAUAGUAAUAAUGACGGAUAAUUAAUUUCAAUUUAAAUAUAUUAAUAAAAGUCUGUUUUCUAAUGAAUUUAAACUAAUACCAAGAGCUAGGUAACUUUACCCUUUUACACUUACACAUCUAAUUUUAAUAGAUCAAAUUAGAUAAAAGUGAAGGUAAGGAAGAUGACUGUAUGAAUAUAAAGUGCUGAAUUUCUGAAUACCCAAGUAUAUGCUGCGUAAUGAAUAGUAAAAAGUUUCGUAUACCUGGACUCUAUAUCUAGUCUAUAUAAAUCAUCUAUAUUAUAAAACGUUAAUAUACACCAUUAUUUUCUACCCACAUAGCGCUAAAAAAUACACGGGCUUUAUAAUCAGUCAAAAUAA